ACAAACGGCUAAAACACACGAAAUUGCCAAGAAAUUUCAUGACUAUGUCUGUUUUAACAGAUAUUCCGGAAUUUAAUUAAGGACUGUUUUGGUGACGUAAAGAAAUAUGUCAACACACAGCAUUGUUUAAUGUUUAAUUGUUUACCAACUCUCACGAGGGCAACUACAUAAAAGAUAUCUUUAAAAGGCAGGUGCCUAAGUCCUCUUCCAACACAGUGAGAUGUAGCUUGCAGAUUAAAUCGCUCGAUCACCAGUAUGGGCGUGCAGUGGCGUUGGGUUGUACUUUCUUCGUUGUGGCUAGCACAGCUCGUAAAGCAGCCCACGCCCAUAAUUAGCGUAUCCUCUGGUCUGCUGCGUGGCAGAGUCUCAACAGACGGUACACAUCUUCGCUACAAUGGAAUUCCAUAUGCUUUGAUCCCGGAUAGGUUCCAGAAUCCUCAACCAGCUCAAAAAUGGGAGGGAGUACUUGACGCGGUGAAUGAAAAUAUUAGAUGUGCACAAAGAUUCUCAAAAGCUUGGAUUACCGGAUAUGAAGAUUGCCUCACAUUAAAUGUUUAUACACCUCUACAUUUAAAUAGGAAAGCCUAUCCCGUUAUGGUUUACAUCCACGGUGGAGGCUUCCGAGAUGGAUCUGGGUCACCAUUUUUAUAUGGACCCGAAUAUCUUGUCAAAAAUGGCGUUAUUUUAGUUACUUUAAACUAUAGACUAGAAGUGCUCGGCUUCCUAUGUUUAGGUAUCAAAGAAGCUCCUGGAAACAUGGGACUGAAAGACCAGGUAGAAGCUCUUCGUUGGGUGAAGCAAAAUAUUAAACAAUUUAAUGGAGACCCAGAUAACAUUACUUUAUUUGGAGAAAGUGCUGGAUCAGCGUCAGUUUUAUAUCAUAUCGUGUCACCAAUGUCUAAAAACUUAUAUAAUAGAGCAAUAAUGCAAAGUGGUUCAGCUAUUUCACCGUGGAGCAUGCAAUUGGAGCCUAUAAAAACAGCUUUCAAACUUGCCGAGCAAAUGGGGUAUAAACCAAAAGAUGUUUACGAAGUUUUGCAAAUAUUUAAGAAGAAAACAAUCGUCGAACUGUUAGGAACUCGUGUACCCAGACGCGAAGGAGAUACAAUACUGUCAGAAAAUAUUUUUGUCCCAUGUAUUGAAGAAGUUAUAAACGGCAUGGAGCAAAUGAUAACGGACAGCCCAUAUAAUAUAAUACGAAAUGGUAGUUUUAAUAAGGUACCUAUUAUGAUGGGCUUUAAUAGCGCUGAAGGAUUCAUGUUUGUUGGAAAAGAAAAUGAUACAACUAUAUCCAAGUUCAAUGUCUUCGAUUCUUUGCCAAGAGACUUGGAGUUUCCAACUGCGUUAGAUAAAAUUACGAUUUCGGAGAAGUUAACAAAAGUAUAUUUCGGAAAUAAGGAAAAUACAAAAGAUUUAAAUUUAUUAGCAAAAUAUGAAGGAGAUGCGGGUAUAGUUUAUCCUGUGAUAUUUACUGCUGACCUUUUGAUUAGAAAUAUGGAUAAACCUGUCUUCGUAUAUAAGUUUGCACGUGAUGGCUGGAUGAACUUAUUGAAGUUGCUUUAUGGUUUCGUGAGAUAUUCUGGUGCAACACAUGCCGAUGAAUUAUUUUAUUUAUUUAAACCAGAAGUAACAUUACCUAUGUCGUUUUUAGAACAGAACGUUAUACACAAAAUGACAACUAUGUGGACAAACUUCGCUAAAUUUGAAAACCCUAUCCCGCGGAUAAACAAAGAAUUCUUAAUCAAAUGGGAACCUAUAAAUCCAAUAAAGCCAGAACUAUUGGUCAUUGAUACUGAAUUUUCAAUAGAAACUCUUUGGAACGAUGAAGGAAUAUUACUCUGGAACCAAACUUACAAGGAAUUUAGACGAAAAAAUUAAUUAAACGUUUUUCUUUAAGUAUUGUUACUUUAAUGCUAGAGAGAACAUGGCUGUGACAUCCAAGAACGAGAAAAGGGUCUACUUAAUAAGAUAUUUUUCUGGUUUAUGUUUAUGGAGCCAUAUUAAUUGUGUCUUAAAUGUUUUUACUGUCUUUAAUCAAUUUAUAAUUUCUCGUAUUUAUUUAUUUAUUAAUUGAUAAAAUUAGAAUGAUAAAAAUUAAUAUCACUGCCGAUUUAUUUUAUGCCGAUUUGACGAUUGACGAUUAUUGUUUAUACAACUAUACGUACGUAUAUUUUGUAAUUUUUUGUAAAAAAUU